UAAACUAAUCAAUCAACACAUCCAUCUCACGCAGCCGUUGGUUGGGCCCUUCCUUUCCUUUCCUUCCAUGGAAGUUCUCUUCUCCAUUUCUACUUACUUCCCACCUCUUCCUCCUCCUCCUCCUCCUCGUCUUCCUCUAUCUAAACCCCGCUUCUCUCAACCGGCCUCCUCAAGGAUCUCUCCCAUUAGCGCUCUCAGCUUCUCUUCUCUUCAGGCAGUGUCAUGGAGGCUGAGGCUCACAGUCCCUGCACCCUGCAUCAGCAGAAAUUGCGGUGAAGUGGCGAAUAAUUUUGGCGUGUACGGAGAUUCUUGUCGAGGGUUUUGGUUGCAGAAGAUAUGCAGGGCCAGUGAUGGUUUGCAGUUGGAUGAUUUCAAGGAACGAUUCUCUGUUGCAUUUGCCCAAUUACUUGUCUGGGUGAUGCUGUUCACGUCAGUCUCCUUCGCUAUUAGCAGUGCCCCCUCAUGGGCACUGAACGAGGAGAAUUUACUCUUCCUGGAGGCAUGGAGGACGAUUGACCGUGCAUAUAUUGAUAAGACCUUUAAUGGACAGAGCUGGUUCAGGUAUAGAGAGAAUGCUCUUCGUAAUGAACCCAUGAACACAAGGGCUGAGACAUAUACAGCUAUAAAGAAGAUGGUUGCAACGCUAGAUGAUCCAUUCACUCGUUUUUUGGAGCCUGAAAAGUUUAAGAGUUUGAGGUCUGGAACUCAAGGUGCUCUUACCGGUGUAGGGCUGUCAAUUGGGUAUCCAGGAGGACUCAAUAAGUCAUCUUCGGGGCUCAUGGUAAUUUCGGCAGCACCAGGAGGUCCUGCCUAUAGAGCUGGAAUCUCAUCUGGGGAUGUUAUACUUGCAAUUGACAAUUCAAGUACAGAGAGUAUGGGCAUCUAUGAUGCUGCUGAACGACUGCAGGGUCUGGAGGGAAGCGUGGUUGAGUUAACCAUUCAAAGUGGAACUGAAACAAAACACCUAGCAUUGAAGCGAGAGAAAGUAUCGCUUAAUCCAGUCAAGUCAAGGCUAUGUGAGAUACCAAGCUCAGGAAGGGAUUCUCCCAGGAUCGGUUAUAUCAAAUUAACAUCAUUCAACCAAAAUGCUUCUGGUGCUGUAAGAGAAGCUAUUGAAACUCUAAGGAGUAAUAAUGUGAAUGCCUUUAUCUUGGACCUGCGAGAUAAUAGUGGUGGCCUUUUUCCUGAAGGAGUUGAAAUUGCUAAAUUGUGGCUGGACAAAGGGGUGAUAGUGUAUAUAUGUGAUAGUCGUGGUGUCCGAGACAUAUAUGACACAGAUGGAAGCAGUGCUAUGGCAUCUUCAGAACCAUUGGCUGUGCUGGUGAACAAGGGUACUGCUAGUGCAAGUGAAAUAUUAGCAGGAGCAUUGAAAGACAACAAACGGGCAAUUGUAUUUGGGGAACCGACAUAUGGAAAAGGCAAAAUUCAGUCAGUUUUCCAGUUAUCUGAUGGCUCUGGAUUAGUCGUUACAGUUGCUCGUUACGAAACACCUGCUCAUACUGAUAUUGAUAAGGUUGGUGUGAUUCCUGACCAGCCCCUACCAACGUCUUUUCCUAAGGACGAGGAAGGAUUUUGUGGCUGCCUCCAAGACCCAGCCGCAGCUUGCUAUGUUAACAGAGCCCAGCUAUUCACGAGAUGAUGACUUUCAAAGUUCAAGCCAAUCCCCGGGCGACAUUCUUUUAUGAAGAUUCCUUCUUACAUAUUUUUUCUCAAGCAUUGUCUAUGGCUAGAACUAUUAUUUGGGAGUUAGCCUGUAUGCCAGAUGCAGAUGCGAUAAGUGCAGUAUGUUUGAUUCAUGUAUCUGUCAUUGAUUGAGUACCCAACUACGGGAAAUCUUAAGCAAUCCUACCUCUUAAUUACGUA